UUAAGAAGAUUCAUUCAUUUAUUCGUUUUCUAAUCCGGUUAAGGAAAUGAAUAGAUUAAUUAUUUCACCCCCCGGAAUUAUGAGUGAGUUUCGACCAAAAGAUUCCUCUCUGUCGCCCUCUAGUGGCCUAGAGUUGUACGUGAAUGAAUAAACGUCCAAAUUUCAAAGCGAGCUUUGGACUAAAUGAUAGAAAUCCGGCUUUAGAAGGAGCGGGUGUAGAAACAUGUAUACGGCAACUGAUGUGAAAAGCACAGUGAGUUUCUUUAAAGAGUCUUUGAGUUUGAAUAAAGCUGUCACGCCUCCAGUUGCCAUCUGAUCCGCGUUCCGAGCCCCUGCAGGAAUGUCCGCCGUCAUCUGGAGCCCGGAUCCCGGUAAGCGACACCCCUUUUCCCUCGGUGCCGUCCAACGGAGCCACAACACGUCAACUUUAGCCCCCCGGAGGUCUUUCCGCUGCGCUUAAAUUAAGCCCGAGAGAGGUUGGAGCAAAGUCAGCGGUGAGGAGGAGGCUUCUCAGCGGGACGGCAUGCGCUCCUUAGCCGGACUGGCUGCCAUCGUGGCGGCGGCGAGCGUCUACCUGUACGUGCUGUCCACGCACCUUCCACCGGGACCCAAGCAGCUCCCGCCGGACACUGAGGGGGCGGACGCGCAGGAGCUGGACUUCAGGCUGAAGUUCCCGUCAGACCUGGAGUCCCUACGGGAGCUCGCAGAUACGCUCAAGUUCUACAAAAGAGAAAACUAUGGCUACGUUCUGCUGCUGUUCUGCAGUGCUUACCUGUAUAAGCAGUCCUUUGCCAUACCUGGCUCCUCCUUCCUGAACAUGCUAGCAGGAGCAAUCUUUGGGCCCUGGGAGGGUCUGUUGUUGGCCUGCCUGCUCGCCACUUCAGGCUCGACAUUCUGCUUCCUCCUGUCGUCAGUGUUUGGAAAGCAGUACGUGGUUCACUUAUUUCCUGAGAAGGUCGCCCUGUUGCAGAGGAAGGUGGAAGAGAAUCGUAGCAGCUUGUUUUUCCUCCUCCUUUUCCUUCGUUUCUUCCCCAUGACUCCUAACUGGUUCCUUAACAUCACCUGUCCUGUCCUCAACAUCCCCAUCUCCAUUUUCUUCUUCUCUGUGUUGAUAGGUUUGAUCCCCUACAACUUCAUCUGUGUUCGGACGGGCUCAAUCCUGUCCCAGAUCUCUUCUCUGGAUGACAUUUUCUCUUGGGGGACGCUGGCUCAACUCCUGGCCAUCGCCCUGGUGGCCCUUGUCCCUGGAGCAAUGAUUAAGCACUACAGCAAAACUCACCUGAAGGUAGACGGCCUGGACAGCAAUGGAGCGGGUCCGGGGGAAAUCGACCGCAAGAGACGAUAACUUUGGUCUGAAACGCUGGAACUUUAUGUCAGAAGAAGGAAGGUGGAGAGCAAAACUCUGCAUAGCUCUGAACUUCAUACCUUUGCAGCCAUGGGAUUUCUGUGAGGAAGCGUUCUGCAAUUUUCUAAAGACAUUUAAGUCGCAAAACUUUACCGCAGACACGUUUUACAGUUUUCUGACUCUAAAUUUGUUUUAGACAUUUUAAAAGAAAAUUCCUGAUAUUCUAUAUAUUUUAUCUGAAAGAACAUUUUACUAAACCCCAAAGAAAUUUUGUAUUUAGAAUUUGUGUAAAAGCAAUAAAAUUGCAUUUUUUAAACCUCA